AUUUUCUUAACGAAUAUGCCUCCAAUUACUCCCAGACUUAAAUAUAGUCCUCAUAAAAGGACGAGGAUUCGAAUAAUAUAUAAAUUAGGCGAAACGUAGCACCGUAUCGCUGUCAGAGAAGGAGUGUCACCAGGGUCCGUGUCUGGUAUCAUCCAGCGCUACAAGACGCAAGAAAGUGCAAAAAGUCAACGUCGAUCAGGGCGGCCACCCAAGCUGUCAGAACGAGAUAAAAGAUCGAUUUUCCGAGUUAUUCAUCAAAAUCCUUUCAUCAAGAUGCCUAAUCUCAUCGCCGCAGCCGGUCUAGCGGUCUCUAGGCAGACCAUAACGCAAUACCUUCAGGCAGAAGGCGUCUAUCACCAACGUACCCUGCGGCGCCCGCUCCUAACGCCAGAAGCUGCUCAAAAACGCCUGGAAUUUGCCCUAGCACACUAUAAUCAACCAGCUAGCUUUUGGAGGCGUUAGAUCUUCAGUAACGAGUCAACAAUCGCAAAAGGCUAAGGCAAGAGGCAGGCCUGGGUUUUCUGCCGCAAAAGAGAACGCCUAGAUCCAGUCUUCAUACAGCCUCGAGGCAAGCUAACGCGCCAUUCGCAGAUAUUCUAGGGUAUAUUUUUAUUUAGUUCUUAUAUAUCUCUUUACCCAUUACUCAGAAACCCCGAAUCUGCCCGCAGC